CUUGGACCAUAUUUAAAGCUCUCCGCAGUGAGCCCUAGUUUUUGCCCCGCGCUCUCGUCGCCAGUGAAGGACCCGCAGGGAAGCUGAAGUUGCCGCCGACCCGUGUCUAAUCUCUCUCCGUUCAGUUCUUGCCCUGUUUCAUCGAGCCACGAUGUAUCUUCAGUUCUACAUAAACGAUAAUGGUGACAAAGUGUACACCACAAAGAAAGAAACUCCCUUGGGUCUCGCUACACAAUCUGCUCAUCCGGCUCGCUUCUCGCCUGAUGACAAAUACUCAAGGCAAAGAGUUCUUCUAAAGAAGCGAUUUGGAUUGUUGCCGACCCAACAACCGCCUCAGAAAUACUAAAUGGGGGAUAUCGUAUAGGUGUUCUUUUCCUGCGAAACUAAGAUUCCAUGUAAUAGAUUUGGUUAAAGGGUUGAAACUUUUCUAGCACUGUGUGUCCGCACUCGCGUCCCUGUUGCACGUUCCUUAGAUUGAGUACUUCACAAAACUCAAGUCUGUCGGAUAUCCAUCUAAUGCAGUGCUUUAAUAGGACACACAGGAAUCUGGGGUAACUAUCUUGUAAACUGGAACAGAGCUUCUGUAUAAGCUUCAUUGUGUUUCAGCA